AUCAAUGCACACGGAUCGGAUGCGCCGCAUCCAUUUCGCAUGACAAAGAAGCACCGACCACGGCAAUCCAACGCGGAGACGCAAAUAUUUGGAACCGGUCGAAACGGGAGAUAAAGGUCCGGGCGGCGAGGGGUGGGGGGGAGGAGGCAACGAGGAGGGAUGAAGAAGGAGGAGACGGUGAAGCUGAUAAGCGCGGAGGGGUUCGAGUUCGUGAUCGACAAGAAGGCCGCCAUGGUCUCCCACACCAUCCGCAACAUGCUCACCUCCCCUGGUGGCUUCGCGGAGACGCAGCUCGGAGAGGUGACGUUUCCGGAGAUAAGCACCCCCAUUCUGGAGAAGGUCUGCCAGUAUUUCUACUGGUCCCUUCAAUACGCCAGUGGAAUGGAGACAGAGUUUCAUAUUGAACCUGAAAUAACUUUGGAGUUGAUGAUGGCAGCUAAUUAUCUCCACACCUGAGAGAUCUCUAUGGGUCUGCUAUCUUGGGGCUCGUCUCUUGUUUGCACUGUUAGUCAAUGUGCUCAUGUAUGUAUACAGAGUCAUUAUGAAGUGGAUUAUGCGUUCUUUUGAGAAAUGAAAUUAUAGUUUCGUGUAACAAACACUUAUAGAUGGACGACUGUCUCAAGAUUGGCUAGUUGUUUUGGUUGCGUUGCUUUUACAUUUUGGAACAUGGUGCCUUGGAUCUGGACUUCAGCUUUUGAUCAAGCUGCAUCAUAUUGUUCAACUUGUUAUGAAGGAUGGACAGAAACAAAAGAUGCUAUUUACUUC